CGUACUCUACGGCUUGACGUCACAGAGGGCCCCACCCCUACUGCCUAGCAGCAUGUGAGUGCGCAAUACUGCUAGAGCGAAGUGGGGAACCUGCAAGCUUUUUGACCCCAAAAAAUAAUAGCAGAAACAGCAUACAGCGUAAGGAUGGAGGAAGCAGAUCAAGGGGCUGUGAGACCAGACUUUACCCCAGAGUUAGGGGAGGAUGCAGUGACGUCAGUGACCGUGUCCCCUGCCAUCCCCACCCUGACAGAGGAGGAGCAGGAGGAGCUUCGAGGGGAGCUGCUCAGGGUGGAGGAUGAGAUCUUGACUCUGUCUCAGGUGCUGGCAACUAAGGAGAACCAGUUGGCAGACAUCAAGAGGAAGCUGGGCAUCACUCCUCUCAACGAGCUCAAACAGAACCUCAGCAAGAGCUGGCACGAGGUCACCACCUCUACAGCCUAUAAGAAGACGUCAGAGGGCCUGUCCGUGGCCGGUCAGAAGGCCACAGCAGCCUUCAACAACAUGGGCUCAGCCAUCAGCAGGAAGUUUGAGGAUGUCAGAUUGCAGUCUAUUUCCAAUUCCUUUGGCAUACGCUCCCUACAGCAUUCUGCUAGUAUGCCUGUAAUGAGGAACACACCCAGCUUCAAGUCGUUUGAGGAGAAAGUAGAGACUUUAAAGGUCAAGAUGAUCCCGACGGUGUCUCAGGGUGACUUUGGCGACGUGUUGACCUCUACAGCAACCUCUGACCCGUCUGUUGUCGUGGAGAAACAGCCAGAGGCCACGCCCAUCGUCAUCCAGGAAGAACAUCUCCAGUGAGACCAGCCUGACCUUUCAUCCCUGACCCCCAGCCAGAUUGACAUCCGCUGGAACUAUACCCUCUUUACCCUUCUCUCUCCCCUCUCACUCUCACCUCUCACUUCCUCCCUUCUGUCUCCCCUCUCACCUCUCACUUCCUCCCUUCUGUCUCCCCUCUCACUCUCACCUCUCACUUCCUCCCUUCUGUCUCUCCCCUCUCUCUCACCUCUCACUUCCUCCCUUCUGUCUCCCCUCUCUCUCUCACCUCCUCUCACUUCCUUCCUUCUGUCUCCCCUCUCUCUCACCUCCUCUCACUUCCUCCCUUCUGUCUCCCCUCUCUCUCUCACCUCCUCUCACUUCCUCCCUUCUGUCUCCCCCUCUCUCUCUCACCUCCUCUCACUUCCUCCCUUCUGUCUCCCCUCUCUCUCUCACCUCCUCUCACUUCCUCCCUUCUGUCUCCCCCUCUCUCUCUCACCUCCUCUCACUUCCUCCCUUCUGUCUCUCCCCUCUCACUCUCACCUCUCACUUCCUCCCUUCUGUCUCCCCUCUCUCUCACCUCCUCUCACUUCCUCCCUUCUGUCUCCCCUCUCUCUCACCUCCUCUCACUUCCUCCCUUCUGUCUCCCCUCUCACCUCCUCUCACUUCCUCCCUUCUGUCUCCCCUCUCUCUCUCACCUCCUUUCACUUCCUCCCUUCUGUCUCCCAUCUCUCUCUCACCUCCUCUCACUUCCUCCCUUCUGUCUCCCCCUCUCUCUCUCACCUCCUCUCACUUCCUCCCUUAUGUCUCCCCCUCUCUCUCUCACCUCCUCUCACUUCCUCCCCUCUCUCUCUCACCUCCUCCCUUCUUCACCUCCUCUCGCUACAAACCCCCACAGCACAACAAAACAGAUCCAACAACCAAAUAAAUAUUUAAAAAAUGAUGAAAAUAUUGUUGUGACACCGUAACACUUAAGUUUGUAUGACUGUGUGUUUGUAUUAGAAUGGCCGUGGUUUAGGAAUCUGCACAAGUAGAAGACGAUACAUGGCACUCAGAGGAUAGAAUGUGUCACAGCCAGGGGUGCUUUAUUCUGUGUAUUAAUAGCACAGAGCCCUUAUAUUUGCAUGUCUUUGAGUUGGAACAGGUAUUUUGGAGGGUACUUCAAUUUCCCAUUUUCUUCUUAAUCACUGUACUACUUUAAGAUUUGAUUUCUAGAGAACGCAUGGUCCUCUUAACACUUGAAGUGAUGGUCUCGGUUAAAGACAUUUGUUACUGUCACCGAUAUCUUCAAACCGUGUCCAUCUCUGUCUGAAUAGCACUAGUAAUGUGGUGUAGAGCACUGCUGUGUAGAGUUUAUCCCAGAUCAGUGUUGCUCACACACUCCUCUCUCAGUUUAACCAUAGGGGGGGUGGUCUAAAUCUGACCUCCAAGCAGUUCAUAGUGCUCAACUCUGACAUUCGAGAGGGUGGGCCAGUGCAUUCAGAUCCGUGUGAAAUGGUGGUCACCGCACCAGUUACGUGGUUUCUUAUUAUGGUAUGUCAGCAGGCCUUAACUCUCCGUUCAGUCUAUAUCACUCACUGCCUCGCAUGGUGGGGCCAAAGUCAAUAUUGGACCACUUGUCUCAUUGGUUUCUGUGAGGGACUUGGCUAUUUUCUCUCUGCUUGGAAUGCUGAAACAGGAUAGUCACUGGGUGCUGUGUACUUCUCUACUGUUCAAUGUUUGUUUUUUACUCUCAAAGUAUAUCCAUAUAUAGUGUGAUAAUACAUUUUUGGCGUUUACAUUAUGAGGGGAUGGCUUCUGAUUAAAAAAAAUCUGUAAACAAUUUUUUUUAUUUAACUACAUUGGUGAUGAUACAUACAGCCUUGGACACUAGUGAGUAUUUGGUGUAAAUACAUUCCUGAUGCAAGUCCUCCCCUACUGGAAGACGACUGGCCACAUCAUGGCAUGGAUUUAUUGAGGAAGUGAAAACUUUUGUAAGAAAAGCCUUGGUUCCACCAUUAAAAAUGAAUUAUGGCUAA